AUGGAAGACCAAGUCACCUACAAGCCGACCCGACGGUCCGAUUCAACAAGGGAUUAUCGGCGCGACAUACAGCUGAUGCGGCGGCUGGGAUUCAGCAACGAGGCCAUCUCACGCGAAACAGGCCUCACAAUCCACCAAGUUCAAUACGGGGCCACGCACGCGAUCGAGCCGAUCAAACGGUCCGGGCGCCGUAGCGUUCUGACGGAGAAACAAAUCGAAGAGCUGGUGGUCUUUGUCUGUUCGAGCAAGGAAGCUCGCCAGCUACCGUACGACCAACUUCCAAAAGCGCUCGGCUGGUCUGUCGGGCACUAUUGCAUACGGUAUGCGCUACGAAAACGCGGCUACAAUCGAUACGUUGCCUGCACGAAGCCGCCGAUCAGCGAGACAUUGCGAGUGCUUCGACUCGAAUGGGCCGUCAAGCAUCGAAGCUGGACCCCUGAUCAAUGGGAUCGCGCUCUCUGGUCGGACGAGACCUCUUUUCAAUCAGGCCGCCAUACGCGAACGUGGGUGACGAGGAAGGCCGAGGAAGAGGCGAAUCCGACUUGUAUCGUAGAGCAAACCGCCCCCAAGGCCGGCUCGACCUUUUGGGCUUGCUUUUCUGGGAAGACGGGCAAAGGCCCUUGUCAUUUCUGGGAGAAGGAAUGGAGCUCGGUCGACGAAAACGAUUACUGCGACCAGAUUGUUCCCUUGCUCGAUGGCUGGGUUCGAAAGCACCCGCAUCUUCAACUGGUAGGAAAUGACGAGCCUGUCGCGACGGCGAGUCGUACGAAGCAGUUGCUUCAAAACCGGGGAAUCGAAUCAUGCUCAGCCCCCUGGCUGGCUCAUAGCCCGGAUCUCAACCCGAUCGAGCACGUUUGGAAUACGAUGAAGGAUUGGGUUCAGCAGAACCACCCACAAGAUAAAAUGGGCCGCGAGUUGUUCCAGCAGGUUGUGAAGGAGGCCUGGGGGGCGAUUGCGGAAUCAUACCUUCGGGACCUCGUCGCUAGCAUGCCAGUUCGUUGCGAGGCCGUCAUCGCAGCAAAUGGGAUGCACACAAAGUAUUGA